AAUUCCUGUAGAAUUGGCCAAGCCCCAGGCAGAAGUGUCUGUCCAGCAGAAGGCAGAGGUCAAAGAGGUUAGCGCUGGUCUUGACAUGCAGGGGCCAAAGGGACUAUCUUCCCUGGAGGCUGCCAUGACACCUGCAAUCUCUCAGCAGGCAGAGGCCAUGCUAGAAGUGAAAGUGGCAGAAGAUGCCUUUGCGUCAUAUGCCGCUAAAAAGGCAGGACCACCCACUGUGUGUGUUGAAAAAAUAACAGUGGAAGAGAAGAGUGUUAAAGUUGAAUUGAAGAAACACGAGGAGACUGCCAAGUCUGAAGCGUCUCCCGUUCAAUUAUCACCACCUCCACCAAAACCAGCCGAUAUUCCCCCCGAGGCUGAGGCCGUGAGUGAUGUUACUCCAAAGGUUUCGAAAUCAAAAAAGAAAAAGCAAAAACAAACGGCUCCUUCUGUUGAGGAGACACUCCCAACUCCUCCACCUGUAGUGGUGGAGCAAAAGGUAACAAAGGUGGAGAUUGUGACCACCAUGAAAAACGAGUCUUCUAAAGCUCGAGGUUCGACAAUGACAAAUGACCCUCCGCAGAUACCUUCAGAAGGAAUGUGCCCUGAGGAAAUCUGUCCGGCAGCAGCUGUGCAGACCGAAGCCCCGGCAGACAAAGGGGAGGUGGAGCUAGCCACGAAUGGGGCAGAAAAAAUCGAGCGGGAGGUCCUGAGAGCGGAAACAUCCUCCUCUGUGAGGGAAGCACCCGCAGCAGCUCUAGCGUCAGCAGCAACAACAGCAACAGGCUCAGCUCACAAGACCAGCCCCCGCAACGAGCAGGGGGAGCCUCCCAGUGUUGCACAACACACAGCUGCUCUCGCUGCCGCUUCUGCUACAGCAGAGCCUGAGAGAGGAGAGAGGGAGGAAAGGCUCUCCAGUACCCAGGCCUCCGAGCAGGGCAAGGAUCUGCAGUCAGCGCCACCACCGCCUGUCAUCGCCGCCAGCGAGCUCCCAUCUGCUGCUGCUGCUGAACCACAGCCAGAGGGAGAGAUCCCCGAAGCAGAGAAGCGUAAAGUCGAGGCAGAGACAGACGCAGGCGUCGACACCGACGGCACCAUGAGAAAGAAGAUAGUUGUUGUGGAGGAGGUAAUCGAGGUGCAGCAGAUUGGCAGCCCGACAGCGCCAGGGUCACCGCCUGUGCCGUCGGCCCCCGUAGCCAAGAGCGAUGACCUGGACUAUGAUGUCUUGGAGCAGCUGGCCCUGGAGAGAGCCUUGCUGGCCGGUGGGGCCAUGGCUGAACAGCGGGCUGGUUCUCCAGACGAAUGGGACCAUUCCCUGGACGAGCCAGAGGAGAAGACCUUUCCGAACUUCCAGGAAGAUGAGCGGGACCGAGUACAGAAAAAGACCUUCACAAAAUGGGUGAACAAGCACCUCAUAAAGGCCCAGCGUCACGUGAGUGAUCUUUAUGAAGAUCUCAGAGAUGGACACAACCUGAUCUCCCUGCUGGAGGUCCUAUCAGGGGAGACACUGCCCCGAGAGAAAGGCCGCAUGCGAUUCCACAAGCUGCAGAAUGUACAGAUAGCACUGGACUUCCUGAGGCACCGGCAGGUCAAGCUGGUGAACAUCAGGAAUGAUGACAUUGCGGAUGGAAACCCUAAGCUCACCCUGGGGCUUAUCUGGACCAUCAUCCUCCACUUCCAGAUUUCAGACAUCCAGGUCAAUGGCCAAUCAGAUGACAUGUCGGCCAAGGAGAAGCUUCUUCUCUGGUCACAGCGCAUGGUCGAGGGCUAUUCAGGCCUCCGCUGUGAUAACUUCACCACUAGCUGGAGAGACGGCAAGCUCUUCAACGCAGUCAUCCACAAACACCAGCCUCGACUCAUUGACAUGAGCAGGGUCUACCGCCAGAACAACAUUGACAAUCUGGAGCAGGCUUUCAACGUGGCUGAGAGAGACCUGGGCGUAACUCGACUGUUGGACCCGGAGGAUGUUGAUGUGCCACACCCUGAUGAGAAGUCAAUCAUUACCUACGUGUCUUCUCUCUAUGAUGCCAUGCCCCGUGUCCCUGAUGUCCAGGACGGCAUUAAGGCAAAUGAGCUGGAGCUGCGCUGGCAGGAGUAUUACGAGCUGAUCACCAUUCUGCUCCAGUGGAUCCGUCAUCAUAUCCUCAUCUUCGAGGAGCGGAAAUUCCCCUCCAGCUAUGAGGAAAUCGAGAUCCUUUGGCGCCAGUUCCUGAAAUUCAAAGAGACAGAGCUCCCAUCAAAGGAAGGUGACAAGAACCGCUCUAAACAGAUCUACCAGUCCUUUGAGAGCGCAGUUCAGGCUGGCCACAUCAAGGUUCCCCCAGGUUACCACCCCAUUGAUGUCGAGAAGGAAUGGGGUCGCCUGCACGUCUCCAUCCUUGAGAGAGAAAAGCUGCUCAGGAUUGAGUUUGAAAGGCUUGAGAGGCUCCAGAGGAUUGUGAGUAAAGUCCAGAUGGAGUCCGGCGUGUGUGAGGAGCAGCUCAACCAGCUUGAGAGCCUGCUGCAGUCCGACAUCCGUCUCCUGAGCUCAGGCAAAUCUGCCCAGCACGCUGCAGAGGUCGAGCGGGACCUGGACAAAGCUGACGGCAUGAUCCGCCUGCUCUUCAAUGACGUGCAGAUCCUCAAAGACGGACGCCACAUACAGGCAGAACAGAUGUACCGCAGGGUCUACCGUCUGCACGAGCGUCUGGUCAACCUGCGCAGCGACUACAACCUUCGCCUGAAGUCCGCCCCGCCCAUUGCCCAGUCCACCAUGGUCCUGACCAGCUCGCAGCAGACGUCCACCAGGAUGCGCCCCGAGCUGGACGAGGUCACUCUCCGCUAUGCCCAGGACCUGCUGGCCUGGGUGGAGGAGAACCAGAAGCGCAUCGACGGGUCCGACUGGGGCGCCGACCUGGCCACCGUGGAGUCCCAGCUGGGCAGCCACCGAGGCCUGCAUCAGACCGUCGAGGACUUCCGCGCUAAGAUCGAGCGGGCACGAUCCGACGAGAGCCAGCUGUCCCCGAUUAGCAAGGGCACAUACAAGGAAUACCUGGGCAAGCUGAAUCUUCAGUAUGCCAAGCUUUUGAACUCAUCAAAGUCCCGUCUCCGCAACCUGGAUUCACUCCACGCCUUCGUCAGCGCUGCCACCAAGGAGCUUAUGUGGCUCAACGAGAAAGAAGAGGAAGAGGUCAACUUCGACUGGAGUGACCGCAACACCAACAUGGUGGCCAAAAAAGAGAACUACUCAGGUCUGAUGCGGGAGCUUGAGGGCAGAGAGAAGAAGGUCAACACCAUCCAGGCCACUGGCGACAAACUCAUCAAAGAGGGUCAUCCUGGCAAGAAGACCGUGGAGGCUUUCACAGCUGCCUUGCAGACUCAGUGGAGUUGGAUUCUCCAGUUGUGCUGUUGCAUCGAAGCUCAUCUCAAAGAGAACACGGCCUAUUACCAGUUCUUCGCCGAUGUUAAGGAGACAGAGGAGAAGUUGAAGAAGAGGCAGGAGACCAUGAAGAAAAAGUACACAUGUGAUCGCUCUACCACAGCCACACGCCUGGAAGACCUUCUGCAAGAUGCUGUGGAGGAGAAGGAACAGGUCAAUGAGCUCAAGAACCAGAUUGCAAGCCUGAACAAGCGGGCUAAGACGGUCAUUCAGCUGAAGCCAAGGAACCCAACCACUCCCAUCAAGGGCAAACUGCCCAUUCAGGCUGUGUGUGACUUCAAACAGAUGGAGAUCACUGUGCACAAAGGAGAUGAGUGUGCUCUGCUCAACAACUCGCAGCCAUACAAGUGGAAGGUGCUGAAUCGCUCUGGCGACGAGGCUGUCGUUCCCUCCGUCUGUUUCCUCAUCCCACCUGUCAACAAGGACGCUGUUGAGAGUGUGUCCAACCUGGACUCCAGCCUCCAGCAGAUGACCAUCUACUGGCAGAGGCUGCACAUCAACAUGAAGAGCUACCUGUCAUGGCAGUACCUGAUGAGGGACAUCACGCUCAUCCGCUCCUGGAACGUUACCAUGUUCAAGACCAUGAAGACAGAGGAGUACAGGCUGACUUUGAGGAACCUGGAGCUGCAUUAUCAGGACUUCCUGAGGGACAGCCAGGACUCCCAAGCCUUUGGAGCAGAUGACCGUAUGCAGAUCGAGGACAGCUACAAGAAGACCACGCAACACUUCGACAACCUGCUGCGCAAUUUAGAAAAAGGUGAGCAGGAUGAGUCUGUGUCUAAGACCUACAUCACUCAGGUCAAAGACCUGCGUCUUCAGAUCGAGGCUGUCGAGUCUCGCACCAUAGCCAGGAUCCGUCAGCCUGUGGAUAAGGACCCCCUGAAGGACUGUUCCCGAAAGACUACUGAUCAAAAGAAAGAUCAAACUCAGCUGGAGGGCAUCAAGAAGAAUUUGGAUGUCGUGGCAGCGAAGGCCGAGGAGGUCUUGGCAGCACCUGAGCAGGCUAGCACUCCCGUUCUGCGCUCCGAGCUGGACAUCACCCUGCAGAAAAUGGACCAAGUGUACAGCCUGUCCUCCAUCUACCUGGAGAAACUGAAGACAGUAGAUGUUGUGAUUCGCAACACGCAAGGGGCAGAGGACGUUCUGAAGAAGUAUGAGACCCGCCUCCGUGAAGUUCACAAGGUGCCGACAGACGUCAAAGAGGUGGAGACCUACCGUACUGAACUCAAGAUAAUGCGCAAGGACGCAGAGGCCGAGCAGCCUGUCUUUGACGGCCUGGAAGGCGGGCUGGGGAAGGCUGCGUCGGUCAGCGACCGCAUGUCUCGCGUGCACAGCGAGCGCGACGCGGAGCUCGACCACUACCGCCAGCUCCACACCAGCCUCCAAGACCGCUGGCAGGGCAUGUUCGGCCAGAUCGACCUGCGCCUGCGUGAGCUGGAGCAGCUAGGUAGGCAAGUCGGCUACUACCGCGACAGCUACGACUGGCUCAUCAAGUGGAUCGGCGACGCCAAGCAGAGGCAGGAGAAGAUCCAGGCCGUGCCCAUCACUGACAGCAAGACGCUCAAGGAGCAGCUGGCCCAGGAGAAGAAACUCCUGGAGGAGAUUGAGAAGAAAAGAAAAGUUGAUGAGUGUCAGAAAUAUGCUAAGGCAUACAUCGACACCAUCAAGGACUAUGAACUCCAGCUGAUUGCCUACAAAGCACAGGUGGAACCACUGACAUCUCCCCUUAAGAAAACCAAAAUGGACUCUGCUUCGGACAAUAUCAUUCAGGAGUAUGUGACUCUUAGAACUCGCUACAGUGAGCUCAUGACGCUCACUAGUCAAUACAUCAAGUUCAUCACGGACACGCAGCGCCGCCUAGAGGAGGAGGAGAAAGCUGCUGAGAAACUUAAAGAGGAAGACAGGAAAAAAAUGGCCGAAAUGCAGGCCGAGUUAGACAAGCAAAAGCAGCUAGCAGCAGCUCACGCAAAGGCCAUUGCCAAAGCGGAAAAAGAGGCCCAAGAGCUGAAGCUCAUGAUGCAGGAGGAGGUUAGCAAGAGAGAGGUAGUAACCCUGGAUGCAGAGAAGCAGAAACACAACAUUCAGCAAGAGCUGCAUGAGCUCAAGAACCUCUCAGAGCAACAAAUCAAAUCCAAGAGCCAACAGGUCGAGGAUGCCCUUCAGAGCCGGUCCAAGAUCGAAGAGGAAAUCCGUAUCAUCAGGAUCCAACUCGAGACAACUGUGAAGCAGAAGAGCACUGCCGAAACUGAACUGCAGCAGCUUAGGGACAAGGCGGCUGAGGCCGAAAAGCUGAGGAAAGCUGCUCAGGAUGAGGCUGAGAAGCUGCGAAAACAGGUCAAUGACGAGACACUGAAGAAGCGCAAGGCCGAAGAGGAGCUCAAGUUGAAAGCAGAAGCAGAGAAGGAGGCUGCCAAACAGAAACAGAGGGCUUUGGAGGACCUUAACCAACUCAAAAAUCAGGCAGAGGAGGCAGAAAGGCGCAUGAAGCAAGCUGAGGUUGAGAAGGAACGGCAGAUAAAGUUGGCCCAUGAUGCAGCACAGAAGAGCGCAGCUGCUGAGCUCCAGAGCAAGCGCAUGUCCUAUGUGGAAAAGACCUCAAAGCUGGAAGAAUCUCUCAAGCAAGAGCAUGGCACUGUGAUCCAACUCCAAGAAGAGGCGGAACGUCUCAAGAGGCAGCAAGAGGAAGCUGAUGCAGCCAGAUCAGAUGCUGAGAAGGAGCUGGAGAAAUGGAGACAGAAGGCAAAUGAGGCCCUACGUCUCAGACUUCAAGCAGAAGAGGAAGCACACAAGAAGACUGUAGCCCAGGAGGAGGCUGAAAAACAGAAGUCCGAUGCUGAACGAGAGGCUAAGAAGAGGGCUAAGGCAGAGGAGUCUGCUUUGAAACAGAAGGACAUGGCUGAACAGGAGCUUGAGAGGCAGAGGAAGCUGGCAGAGGCCACUGCACAGCAAAAGUUCACAGCAGAGCAAGAGCUUAUCCGCUUGAGGGCUGACUUCGACCACGCAGAACAACAGAGGUCUCUACUGGACGAUGAACUCUACCGUCUCAAAAAUGAGGUCAGUGCAGCAGAGCAGCAAAGAAAACACCUUGAAGAUGAACUUGCCAAGGUGAAGAGCGAAAUGGACAUCCUUCUGAAACUUAAAGCUAAGGCUGAGAAAGAGGGUAUGUCCAACACAGAAAAGAGUAAACAGCUCCUUGAGGCAGAGGCUGCAAAAAUGCGAGACCUUGCCGAGGAAGCAUCCAAGCUCCGUGCCAUCUCUGAGGAGGCAAAGAGGCAGAGGCAGAUUGCUGAGGAGGAAGCAGCCCAGCAAAGAGCCGAAGCUGAGAGAAUCCUUAAAGAGAAACUUACUGCAAUCAAUGAAGCAACUCGCCUCAAAACUGAAGCUGAGAUUGCCCUCAAAGAGAAGGAAGCAGAGAAUGAACGUCUCAGACGGAAAGCUGAAGAUGAAGCCUACCAGAGGAAAGCCCUCGAAGAUCAGGCCAGCCAGCACAAACAAGACAUUGAAGAAAAGAUAGUAUUACUAAAGAAAUCCUCUGAAGCUGAGCUGGAGAGACAGAAAUCCAUUGUUGAUGAUACUCUGAAACAAAGACGAAUUGUGGAGGAGGAGAUUCGCAUCCUUAAGCUUAACUUUGAGAAAGCCUCAUCUGGAAAGCUUGAUUUGGAGCUGGAACUCAACAAACUCAAAAACAUUGCCGAGGAAACUCAACAAACCAAAGUCCAAGCUGAGAAGGAGGCUGAGAAGCUGAGGAAGCUUGCUUUAGAGGAGGAAAAUAGAAGGAGAGAGGCGGAAGAAAAAGUCAAGAAAAUAGCUGCUGCAGAACAAGAGGCUGCUCGUCAGCGCCAGACAGCCCAGGAAGAAGUUGAACGGCUCAAAAAGAAAGCAGCUGAGGCCAAUAAGCAAAAAGAGGAGGCCGACAAGGAGGCAGAAAGGCAGAGCCUUGCAGCAAAAGAAGCAGCACAGAAAUGCAAUGCAGCAGAACAGCAAGUGCAAAGCAUUCUCUCGCAGCAAAAGGAGGACAGCCUUGUUCAGAAGAAGCUGAAAGAAGAAUUUGAGAAGGCUAAAAAGCUAGCUAAAGAAGCAGAAAAUGCCAAAGAGAAAGCUGAGAGAGAGGCUGCUCUCCUUCGUCAACAAGCUGAGGAGGCGGAACGCCAGAAGCAAGCAGCAGAGGUCGAAGCUUCCAACCAAGCCAAAGCUCAAGAAGAUGCUGAGAGACUGAGAAAAGAGGCAGAGUUGGAGGCUGCUAAGAGAGCCCAAGCAGAGGCAGCCGCUCUCAAACAGAAGCAACAGGCUGACGCUGAAAUGGCCAAACACAAGAAACUGGCAGAGAAAACCCUGAGACAAAAAUCUCAAGUUGAGCAAGAACUGACGAAGGUCAAACUGCAGCUUGAUGAGACAGAUAAGCAGAAGACUCUUCUGGAUGAUGAGCUCCAACGCCUUAAGGAUGAGGUCGGUGAUGCUGUCAAGCAGAAGGCUCAAGUAGAAGAAGAGCUGUUCAAGGUCAAAAUUCAGAUGGAGGAACUGAUGAAAUUGAAGCAGAGAAUUGAGGAGGAGAACCAACGUCUCAUCAAAAAAGACAAAGACAACACACAGAAGUUCCUUGCUGAAGAGGCUGAGAACAUGAAGAAGCUGGCUGAGGAAGCUGCGAGGCUUAGUGUUGAGGCUCAGGAGGCUGCUCGCAUGAGACAGAUAGCAGAAGAUGAUCUUGUUCAUCAACGAACCCUUGCAGAAAAGGUCCUCAAGGAAAAAAUGCAAGCUAUCCAGGAGGCAUCUAAACUCAAAGCUGAGGCAGAAAUGCUGCAGAAACAGAAAGAUCUAGCUCAAGAGCAGGCUCAGAAGCUGCUAGCAGACAAGCAGCUGAUGCAGCAACGUCUGGAUGAGGAGAUGGAAGGCUUUCAGAAAUCCUUGGAGGCUGAGCGCAAGAGACAGUUGCAGAUAUCAGCUGAGGCAGAGAAACUCAAACUGCAGGUAUCUGAGCUCAGUGAUGCUCAGGCCAAAGCAGAGGCAGAGGCCAAAAAGUUCAAGAAACAGGCAGAUGAGAUCAGUGCCCGUCUGCACGAGACAGAAAUCGCAACCCAAGAGAAGAUGACUGUUGUGCAGAAGCUUGAAGUGCAGAGAUUGAGCAGUAGCAAAGAGGCUGAUGAGCUACGCAAAGCCAUCGCUGAUCUUGAGAAAGAGAAGGCUAAACUGAAAAAGGAUGCAGAGGACUUACAAAUUAAGUCCAAAGAGAGUGCAAGUGCCCAACAGGAGCAGAUGAUUCAGGAGAAGACACUCCUUCAGCAGACUUUCAUCGCUGAGAAAGAGGAACUGCUUAAAAAAGAGAAGCUCAUUGAAGAUGAGAAGAAGAGGCUAGAGAGCCAGUUUGAAGAGGAGGUCAAAAAGGCAAAGGCUCUCAAAGAUGAGCAGGAACAGCAGAGGAAGCAGAUGGAGGAGGAGAAGAGCAAGCUCAAGGCCACCAUGGAUGCUGCCCUCAAGAAACAGCAGGAGGCAGAGCAGGAGAUGCUCAAUAAGCAGAAGGAGAUGCAGGAACUUGCCAAGAAGAAGCUAGAGCAAGAAAAAAUGCUUGAAGAUGAAAACAAGAAGCUGCGUGAAAAGCUGCAGCUACUUGAAGAGGCAACUGUUACCCGUGAGAUCCAGAUUCAAACAGAAGCAGAAAGGAAAGUCCUCAAUGGUCAAGGCACAGAUGAUGUUGACAGCAGAAAUGGGGAGUCUCCUCUUUCAUUUGAUGGCCUUCGGGAGAAGGUACCUGCAAGUAGACUCUUUGAUGUUGGACUUCUGAGUAAGAAAGAGUUUGAUAAAUUGAAGAAGGGUAAAACCACUGUGCAGAACCUGAGCCAAACAGACAAACUCAAGACUGUUCUCAAGGGAAAUGACUGCAUUGCUGGCCUCCUUGUUCAUCCAAACCAAAAGAUGUCCAUCUAUCAAGCCAUGAAAGACAUUAAAAUUGCCCAAAGCACUGGCUUAAUUCUACUAGAAGCACAAGCAGCAUCAGGCUUUAUAGUUGACCCCAUCAAGAACACAAAUCUCACAGUCAAUGAAGCAGUGAAAGAGGGAGUCGUAGGUCCAGAAUUGCACAACAAAUUGCUCUCUGCUGAAAGAGCUGUCAGCGGAUACAAAGAUCCUUACACAGGUGGAAAGAUUUCAACCUUUGAGGCCAUGAAGAAGGGUCUUAUUGGGGAGAGUGAGGCCAUCAGACUACUUGAUGCCCAGAUGGCAACAGGAGGAAUCAUAGACCCAGUCCACAGUCACCGUGUGUCAAAUGAAACUGCCUACCAACAGGGCUAUUUGGAUGCAGACACCAACAAAAUCCUGGACAAGCCCACAGACGACACCAAAGGAUUCUUUGACCCAAAUACCCAGGAAAACCUCACCUACAAACAGUUGAUUGAAAGAUGUACUAAAGACCCUGAGACAGGGUUGCUACUCCUGCCCAUCUCAGAGGAUGCUGCUCUCAGUGCAAGAACAUACACAGAUGAAGAAACACAGGAUGUGUUCAGCAAAACAAAUGUCUCUGUGCCUUUUGGAAAGUUCAAGGGAAAAACUGUCACAAUCUGGGAAAUCAUCAACUCAGAGUACUUCACAGAGGACCAGAGAAAGGAUCUCAUCCGCCAGUACAAGACUGGGAAAAUCACAAUUGAGAAAAUUAUUAAGAUUGUUAUAACUGUUGCUGAAGAGAAAGAGAAAAAGAAUGAAAUUACCUUUGAAGGUUUGAGAGCACCUGUCCCCGCUGCUGAGCUCUUGGAGUCCAAAAUCAUUGACAAAGACCUUUACAACAAACUUCACAAAGGCAAUAAAACAGUCAAGGAAGUGUCUGAAAUGGAUCAUGUUCACAAGUCUUUGAAAGGCACCAACUGCAUUGCUGGUGUAGUUAUUGACUCAACUAAAGAAACACUGUCCUUAUACCAAGCCUUGAAGCAGGAUGUGAUCAGGCCCACUCAUGCUUUGAAUCUACUGGAAGCACAGGCUGCAACUGGAUUCAUGAUUGACCCUCUCAAUAAUCAGAAGUACACAGUAGAUGAGGCUGUUAAGGCAGGUUUAGUUGGUCCAGAACUUCAUGAAAAACUUUUGUCUGCUGAAAGAGCUGUCACCGGCUACAAAGAUCCUUACUCUGGCAAGGCUGUGUCUUUGUUUGAAGCAAUGAAAAAGGACCUCAUUAAUAAAGAUCAGGGAAUCAGACUUCUUGAUGCACAGAUGACAACAGGAGGUAUUAUUGACCCAGUGAAGAGUCAUCGCAUUCCCCAUGAUGUGGCCUGCAAACGGGGAUACUUUGAUGAUCAAACAAACAAACUCCUGAGCAGUCCAACAGCUGAUAUCAAAGGCUUCUAUGACCCCAACACUCAAGAGAAUGUCACAUACCGGCAACUCCACAAGAGAUGUGUCACAGACAAAAAGACUGGCCUUCAACUUCUGCCUCUGUCUGAUGAAGCUAUCAACUCAAAGGAGGAACACAAAUACACAGAGUCACAGACCAAAGAUGCCAUGAGCCAGGCUACAAUGGAGGUUGACAGUGGCCCAUUCAAAGGCAGAAAGGUCACUAUCUGGGAAAUGCUUAAUUCGGAAUAUCUUACAGAUGAACAAAGGGAAGAUCUGAUCAGACAGUACAGAUCUGGAAAAAUCACAAUUGAAAGAAUCAUAAAGAUUGUGAUCACAGUCGUUAAUGAAAAAGAGGCCAAGAAACAGGAGAAAGGCAACUUUGAAGGACUCAGAACUACAGCACCAGCAAAGUCACUGCUUGAUGCUAAGAUUAUUGACAAAGCUACAUUUGAUGCAGUCAAUCAAGGCAAGAAGACUGCAGCAGAAGUUAGCAAAGAUAAAUCCAUCAAUAAAUAUCUACAAGGUUCAGACAGCAUCGCUGGUAUCUAUAACGAUCAGACUAAAGAGAAGCUCAGCAUAUACCAAGCAAUGAAGAAUAAGCUUCUUAGACAGACCACUGGUGUGGCACUGCUUGAAGCUCAGGUAGCCACAGGAUUCCUUGUAGACCCACGGAAAAAUCAGUUUUUGACUGUAGAUGAAGCUGUAAAAUCAGGCCUUGUCGGCCCAGAGCUUCAUGAGAAACUGCUCUCUGCUGAAAAGGCAGUCACAGGUUACAAAGACCCAUACACUGGAAACAAAAUCACCCUCUAUGAAGCCAUGCAGAAGGAUCUAAUUCCAAAGGACCAAGCAAUGCCCCUCCUGGAGGCACAGAUGGUCACUGGUGGAAUAAUUGAUCCAGUGAACAGCCACCGUCUGCCAAAUGAUGCCGCAAUCCAGCGUGGAUUCUUCAGUAAAGAAAUGGCCAACACUCUCUCUGAAGUCUCAGAUGACAACAAGAGGUUCUCUGACCCCACAACAGAUGAUAAUGUGUCAUACAAGCAGCUGAAAGAUAAAUGCAUGCGUGACCCAGACACAGGACUUUGUCUCUUGACUCUCUCCAAGCCACAAUCACCAACAAUAGUUGAAAAGACAUACCUGUACACUGAGGAGCAGACCCAGCAUGACCUAGCCGGCACCCAGGUUGACCUUCCAAUUGAAGGCUUUGGAGACCAGCCUACGUCCCUUUGGGAUAUCAUGAACUCAAAUCUGCUCCCAGAGUCAGAAAGGGCAAAACUCAUGGACGAAUACCGAUCUGGCCACAUAACUAAAGAACGCAUGAUAAUCAUCAUCAUUGAGAUCAUGGAACAGAGAGAGAUCAUCCGAGGGGAGAACAUCAAAACAUGUAACACAAUUAGACGCCGAAUUACCAUUGAUGAGCUCUACAGUGCUCGCAUUAUUGACCAAGAAAUCUACAAUCUGCUCAAACAAGAGAAGAAGAACAUCCGAGAGGUCAUGGAGAUGCAGAGUGUAAAGAAAUAUUUGUUUGGCACAGGCUGUGUUGCUGGUGUCAUGACAGACUCUAAUAACAAGAUUGGCAUUUACGAGGCAAUGAAGAGGGGCCUAAUGAAGUCUGAAGUAGCCAUGACUCUUUUGGAGGCUCAGGCUGCAACUGGAUUCAUUAUUGACCCUGUCAAAAAUGAGAUGCUCACCGUUGAUGAGGCUGUCCGUAAAGGUGUAGUUGGCCCAGAGAUCCACGACAGACUUCUCUCUGCUGAAAGGGCAGUUACUGGUUACAGAGACCCAUACAGUGGCAAGAUCAUCUCUCUCUUCCAAGCAAUGAAAAAGAACCUUGUCCCUGAGGAAUAUGCUCUAAAACUUCUUGAGGCCCAAACAGCCACAGGGGGCAUUAUGGACCCUGAAUUCCACUUCCACCUUCCAUCAGAUGUUGCUACGCACCGUGGAUACAUAAUCAGAGAGACCAUGGAGAGGCUGUCUGAUGAGGUGAAGGAAUAUGUAGACCCCCUGACAGAAGAAGGGAUGUCAUAUGCGCAGCUGCUCAAGAGAUGUAAGGUUGAUCCUGUAACUGGCCUGCGUUUCCUCUCACUUGCAGACAGGAGGCUGAUGUUCAAGGGUCUUAGAAAACAGAUCACCAUGGAGGAGCUCUUCCGCUCACAGAUCAUUGACCAGCAGACUGUCACAGAGUUGAAUGAAGGUCUAGUGACUGUGGAGGAAGUCAGCAAAAGACUCCAAAAGUAUCUUCAAGGUGCAAGUUGUAUUGCUGGAGUGUAUGUGGAGACCAACAGAGAGCGUCUCUCUAUCUACCAAGCUAUGAAGAAGAAUAUGAUCAGACCAGGCACAGCUUUUGAGCUGCUUGAGGCCCAAGCCGCAACAGGUUAUGUGAUUGACCCAAUCAAGAACCUUAAGCUGACAGUCAAUGAGGCUGUGAGGAUGGGCAUUGUGGGUCCAGAAUUUAAAGACAAGCUUCUGUCCGCAGAACGGGCUGUGACAGGCUACAGAGAUCCUUACUCAGGCAAGACCAUCUCUCUCUUCCAGGCCAUGCAGAAAGGCCUCAUCCUCAAAGAUCAUGGCAUCCGUCUCCUUGAAGCCCAGAUUGCCACGGGAGGAAUCAUUGAUCCAGAGGAGAGUCACCGUUUGCCCGUAGAGGUGGCUUACAAACGUGGCUUCUUUGAUGAGGAAAUGAAUGAGAUCCUCUCUGACCCAUCUGAUGACACCAAGGGAUUCUUUGAUCCCAACACUGAAGAGAAUUUGACUUACCUACAGCUGAUGGAAAGAUGCAUUACAGAUCCAGACACUGGUCUUGUGCUCCUGCUGCUGAAGGAGAAGAAACGAGAAAGGAAAACGUCUUCAAAGUCCUCUGUGCGCAAGCGCAGAGUGGUCAUUGUGGACCCAGAGACUGGCAAAGAGAUGACUGUUUACGAAGCAUACCGCAAAGGGCUCAUUGACCAUCAGACCUACCUGGAGUUGGCAGAGCAGGAAUGUGAGUGGGAAGAGAUUACUACUACUACAUCUGACGGUAGUGUGAAGUCUAUCAUCAUUGACAGGAGAUCAGGCCGACAAUAUGAUAUUGAUGAUGCCAUUGCUCGAGGUCUCAUUGACCAGUCUUCUCUGGAUCAGUACCGCUCUGGACACUUGCCCAUCACUGAAUUUGCUGACAUGCUGUCUGGAAAUAUGGGUGGCUUCCGUUCCCGAUCCUCCUCAUUCGGAUCAACUUCUUCAUAUCCCAUGAGCCCUCUGCCCUCAAUCAGAACUCCGGCCACCAUUUGGAAUGAUCCAACUGAAGUGACUGUGCCAGUGGCUGGAAUUCUUGACACUGAUACUUUAGAGAAAGUGUCAGUCACUGAGGCCAUGCACAGGAAUCUAGUUGACAACAUCACUGGCCAGAGACUGCUAGAGGCACAGGCUUGCACUGGAGGCAUAAUUGACCCUGCAACAGGGGAGAAGUUCUCUGUCGCUGAUGCAACUGAAAAGGGUCUUGUUGAUAAGUUAAUGGUUGACAGGUUAAACCUGGCUCAGAAAGCCUUCAAUGGAUUUGAGGACCCUAGAACCAAAGUAAGGAUGUCUGCCUCCCAAGCCCUCAAGAAAGGCUGGCUGUAUUAUGAAGCUGGUCAGCGUUUCCUGGAAGUGCAAUACCUCACUGGUGGUCUCAUAGAACCAGAUGUUGAGGAAAGAGUUUCUCUAGAAGAGGGCAUCAAAAAAGGUAGCAUUGAUGCUCGCACUGCCCAAAAGCUAAGAGAUGUAAGUGCCUACGCCAAAUACCUGACCUGCCCUAAAACCAAACUCAAGAUUUCUUAUAAAGAUGCCAUGGACAGAAGUAUGAUUGAGGAAGGAUCAGGCUUACGACUUCUGGAAGCCUCCUCUCAGUCUAGCAAAGGCCUGUACAGCCCUUACAACGUCAGUGGUGCUGGGUCUGCCUCUGGCUCUCGCACUGGCUCAAGGACAGGGUCCAGAUCUGGCUCAAGAAGAGGCAGCUUUGAUGCCACUGGUUCUUCUCUGUUCGCUGGCAUGUCCUUCUCCUCAUCCUCAUCCACAUUCUCAUCCUCCAGCUAUGGCCGAAGAUAUUAGCUCCUUCACAACAGUAGGAGCUUCACACCUCAGUGGCUUAAAAUAGGAAAGAAAGUUAUCUAAAAAGGAAGACAACAAAGACUUAUUUAUUCAGCUUUGCAUGUGGUUGCUUUAGGAAAUUGCAUUCCGAAAACUACCAUUUUUUUAGAAAAAACUUUGGAUUGUUGAGCUCCAACUCCACGUAGUAUGGAUGCUAAAACUAUGCAUACAAUACCUGUCCGGCCUUAAUAGGUUAUUAUUUUUUUAUCUAUUUUUUCCUGCAGUUUCAUAUAUAUAAUAUUGAAUAGGGUAGUAUUUUAAAAAAAACAUUGAAUUUUUGAUUGAAUGACAGCUAUUUUUAUAGAGCAGUUGUCAUUGAGGCUAGUUGUUUUUAAAUAUUUUACAUUUCUACUUGCAAUGUUUUUAAUUGUUUUUACUGUUUUUUUUUUUGUCUGGAGAAAACUUCAAAAGAUAUGCCAAGAUAGAUAGAGAAUUUAUGUUACCAGAUUCAAAAACUAUAUAUAUGGCUAUAAUUCUAAGUCCAGUAUGUGUAUAGAUAUCUGUUAAAGCAAUUUUAUUAAGACGAAGAUGUUAGCCAUCAAAGUAAUCAAGAUCAAUUGGCUAACUUACUAAAGGGCAGCAUAUGGAAAAAAAACACUAUUAGCUUGGACACUGGAGGGCAACAAUCAAAGCGGCAAUAUUUUUUUUUGUUUGGCGGGCAAUUCCAGCUCAGCUGUAAUAAAGAAGCACCAAACAUCCUGUCCACAUGGAUUCAGACAUUCCCAAAAGACAACCCUAAUAAAUUUUGAGCCAGUCAAUGAUGUCUAGUGUCCUCCAUUAUGAUAAAAGUGCAACAACAAUAAGUCCUUACACCAACACUCAAGCUCAAUUUAGUCAACCCCCCCAUGGCCUACUGUCCCAAGAAGAUGUCAGAAGUCACACCCAGCUUCACAUUACCUGGAGAGUUCAUGGACUGGUUUUCUUUACCUAAGUCUUUUCCAAACAGAUGUCCUGUGAAGGAAGAAGGUGGUGCUUACUCUGUCUGGGAUGACAUUCAUCCACAGCCAACAACAUCUGCUCCUCAGAUCUGCAGUCAAGCACCUCUCUUCACCCA